CUUUGCCAAUGAAAAAGGUUGAGAAUUAGAUAGGAUCAUUUUUAUCUCAUCCUCCUUCCACCCUUCUUUUCUUGUCUGAUAAGAACAAAAGCGCAUGCAUGCGUAAUUAUUAUCUGUUUCAAAAUUACUAUUGUUAUCACUUUCUAUAAAUGUAUGUACAUAGAUACACAUAUUUUGAUUGAUAUAUAGCUAGAAAACCUCUCUGAAGAAAGAAAGAAAAAAACUGGAUUUCUUACCUUAAUCCAAUUCAUACGCCAUCACAAGAGGAAGAAACUAUUGAAUUUCUUGUUUUUGAUUUUGAUUUUCCAUUCUUUCAAGACUGGAAUCAGAAUCAAAGACGUGUUAAUAAGCUGUUACCAUAACAACAACAUUCUAUUAUUUUUUCCCUCACACUUUUUCUCCCUUGUUACAAUUUGUGAGUAAUUCAAGGAAAAGUACUGUCUCUCUUUCGUACUUUCUUGCCAAAUCAUAGCCUCUUCAUUCUUUUUGAGUUUUCUCCCUUUUGGUCCUCCCCUCUCUCUCUAUAUAUAUAUCCAUAUCUAUGUCCACUUAAAUAUCAUUCUUUUACCUAUGCACUGUCUCUUCAAGCAUUUGUUGGGCAAGAAUUUGUACCUUUUCACAUUGUAUUCAUUUGUUCUAAAAUCAACCCAAAGUUCCAAUCUUUAACAUAUUUUGAGCUACAAUCAACCCAAAGUUUCAUUCUACAACACAUUUUGAGCUAAAAUCAACACAAAGUUUUAUUCUUUAAACACAUUUGAGCUACAAUCAACCCAAAGUUUUAAUCUUUAACACAAUUAGGCCAAAUUUGCCAAAAGCGUCUUCACCAAAAAGGCAUAAAAAAUGGCACAAUCCUUUAGUUGGUGGGGUAAAGAAAUUCAAAGGGGUACCCCUGUGGUGGUGAAAAUGGAGAACCCAAGUAACUGGUCCAUGGUUGAGUUACAAAGUCCAUCAGAUGAUGAUUUUCUGUUAACGAAAGGUGAAAAGGUGAAAAACAAGAAUGCAAAACAGCUCACAUGGGUUCUUCUUCUUAAGGCACAUAAAGCAGCAGGUUGCUUAACUUCAGUUGCCUCUGCAUUGUUCAGUCUUGGCUCUGUUAUUCACCGCCGUGUUGCUACCGGAAGAACAGAUUCUUCCACCGUUAAUAGCCGGUUUUAUAUUUGUAUAAAGGUCUUCCUUUGGUUAUCUUUAAUCUUGUUAGGUUUUGAGAUAGCUGCAUAUUAUAAAGGUUGGCACUUUAGUGCUUCAGAGUUUCAAAUUCAGCAUUUGUACACAUUGGCUAAUCCAUUAGCUGUAAAGGAUGUGUUUGAUUCGCUUUAUUCCAUGUGGGUUUUAAUUAGGGUGGAGUAUCUUGCUCCCGCUCUUCAAUUAUUGGCCAAUGUGUGCAUUGUCCUGUUUCUUAUCCAGAGUUUGGAUAGGUUAAUCCUGUGUUUGGGUUGUUUCUGGAUCAAGAUAAAGAAUAUUAGGCCAGUUUUGAAAGAGGGUGCAGUGGAUCUUGAGGCUGGUGAUGGUGAUGGUUACUAUCCCAUGGUUCUUGUUCAAAUCCCCAUGUGUAAUGAAAAAGAGGUUUAUCAGCAAUCCAUUGCAGCUGUGUGCAGUUUGGAGUGGCCUAAAUCCAAACUAUUGAUUCAAAUUCUUGAUGAUUCUGACGAUUCCAUGACUCAGACGUUGAUCAAAGAGGAGGUGCAUAAAUGGCAGAAGGAUGGUGCAAACAUUGUAUACCGUCAUAGGGUGAUUAGAGAAGGUUACAAAGCUGGCAAUCUUAAGUCAGCCAUGAAUUGCAGCUAUGUCAAAGACUACGAAUUUGUUACCAUUUUCGAUGCAGAUUUUCAGCCAUCACCUGAUUUUCUUAAGAGAACCGUUCCUUAUUUUAAGGAUAAUGAGGACCUAGGGUUGGUUCAAGCAAGGUGGUCGUUUGUGAACAAGGAGGAAAAUCUUCUAACAAGACUGCAGCUUAUUAAUUUGGCCUUUCAUUUUGAAGUGGAACAGCAGGUGAAUGGCUUUUUUUUAAAUUUCUUUGGAUUUAACGGUACUGCUGGAGUAUGGAGGAUUAAGGCGUUAGAAGGUUCUGGUGGUUGGAUGGAGAGGACAACAGUUGAGGAUAUGGACAUUGCUGUUCGGGCACAUCUUCAUGGGUGGAAAUUCAUCUUUCUCAAUGAUGUAGAGUGCCAGUGUGAAUUACCAGAAUCAUACGAAGCAUAUCGGAAGCAACAACAUAGAUGGCAUUCAGGGCCAAUGCAGUUAUUCCGUCUUUGUUUGCCUGCCAUCAUUGAAUCAAAUAUAAGCAUUUGGAAGAAGGGAAACUUGAUAUUUCUUUUCUUCCUUCUAAGGAAGCUGAUACUGCCAUUUUAUUCUUUCACCUUAUUUUGUAUAAUCCUCCCCAUGACCAUGUUCGUUCCUGAGGCUACUCUCCCGACGUGGGUUGUCUGUUACAUCCCCGCCACCAUGUCAUUUCUCAACAUUCUUCCAGCCCCUAAAUCUUUCCCUUUCGUUGUGCCAUACCUUCUCUUCGAAAACACUAUGUCCGUGACCAAGUUCAAUGCCAUGAUCUCAGGGCUUUUCCAACUUGGAAGCGCGUACGAAUGGGUUGUAACCAAGAAAUCAGGACGUUCUUCUGAGGGUGACCUUUCCUUGUUGGUUGAGGAAAAACCAAAACAUCAAAGAGGUAUUUCGGAGCCUAAUUUGGGAGACUUGAAGGAGGAAAUUAAGAAGAAAGAGAGAAAGUCCUCGCGGAAGAAGAAGAAGCAUAACAGAAUAUAUACAAAAGAAUUGGCCUUAGCUUUCUUGCUGUUGACAGCUUCAGUGAGGAGCCUCCUAUCAGCUCAAGGAAUCCACUUUUACUUCUUGCUGUUUCAAGGGAUAUCAUUCCUGCUUGUCGGGCUAGACUUGAUCGGUGAACAGGUUGACUAGUCGAAUUCGGAUAGGCUUCAUAGGGAUAUAUUUAUUUCAGCUGAACUGCCAAAUCGGAAGACAGUUCGCUGAGCCUGGCCUUGGCGCGGUAUGGUAAUGGGAAAAUUAGCCGGGGAAGCUAAGGUCUGGAGAGAUGAUGGCGAUAUUGCCUCUCCUCCGAACUUUGAACCCCAAACACCAACUCAAAGAAGAAGAGCAAGUUGCGCGCAACUUAAUUUGAAUGGAGAAAUCCAUCAAGAAUGGUGAUAAUGUUCACCAUUACGGUUAAGGCCCUCCCCUCUUUCUGUCCUGUUAAUUUCUUUACAUUAUGGAUUCAUUUGUUAUUUUUGGCAUAUUCUUUUGUAAGAAGAAUUUGUUGUGUAAAGUUAAGCACAGAAUUUAGUGAAACUUAAAGACCAUAGCAGCAUGCACCUUUUAAUUAUUUCUACACAACACAUAAAUCAUUCUUUUUUCCUUUCUCUUUGAGAAUUCUAUAGUUAUGAAGAGAAUUUAUAUCUCCUAGCACUUGCAGCAAAAACUUGCGUCUUGUAAAUAAAGGAUUAUACAUUUCCACAGA